GAGGGAGUCGGGCGUUAGGACCUGUGAGCCGCGGCGGUGGCUGCUCGCUGUGUGUGUGUGCAGUGAGAGUGGGGGACCUGGAGGAGGCCGCGCCGGCUGUGGGGAGGACGCUGCGAGAAUCAGCCGAGGGAAAAGGUCCAGGCCCGGAGUGGCAACGGACAGAAGGAAGGAAGGAAGAUAGAAGAUAGAUAGAAGACCGAGGGAGAGGGACAGCAGAAGAAAGGCAGGCACACUGCUCCGCUUUAUGUUACAACACACACACACAAAAAAAUACAGAAUAGCAACAUCUAUUAAAUCUGAUCCCAUGAUGCCGUCCAAUACCAACGCAAGCCCUGCCCUGGAUCAUGGAUUUGAGACACAGAUGAGCGAUGAGCAGCCAGAGGAAAAUAGAAGCAAGGAGAAAAGACGAGGCAGGCCAGGGCGGAAACGCAAGCAACCACAAUUGGACACCAAUGAAUCUUCCAGUGAAAUGGUGGUGGCCCCAAAGUGCCACUCUUCCCAAGACAAUGAGGCAUCGGAGCAGGUGCAGAACGGAGCAGUGGAUAGAAACCAGCGGGACACGGGAGGUUCCAAACAGAAUGAAGACAAGAGCAACCCGGAAAAUGGUGACCCCGGAAGUGCUGUCCCUCCGGAUCAGAACGUGAAGGAUCAGGGUUUCAAUGAAGAAGGGACUAAUCUGGAUGAAAAUUUGGAGAUAGACUUGGAGAUGGAGAACGGAUGUCACAGCCCAAAGGAUGAUGAUGAUUCUGACAAGGAAGAAAGCGAAAAGUUAUCAACAUCUAUGAGAAAGAAAUACAAAAAGCGCCAACUGGAAACUGCUGAAAAAGAUUUGGACGACAAUAAUGAAUCUGCACGGGAACCAGUAAAAGUAGAGGGAACAAGAGGUCGACUUCGUGGCCAGUCAGGGUGGGAGAGUAGCCUGCGUCAGAGACCUAUGCAACGGAUGACCUUCCAAGCCGGUGAUCCCUAUUAUAUCAGCAAAAGGAAGAGAGAUGAGUGGCUGGCAAAAUGGAAGAAGGAGUCUCUCACUUCCAUGCAUCCUCCUGCUAGGAGGGUGAAUAAACGGGCCGCAGAACCCAUUGAUGUUUCUCCCUUGAAUGCCACUCCAUUGCGCAGCCAAGAGGAAGCACUUUUACCGUGGGGUGAAUUGGAAAGAAUGUCCUAUUUUCCCCGAUGUGCAAAGCUCCACUCCCUCCCCCAGACUGAGGCGGAGAAAAAGGCCAAACUUGUUACUGUGAUGAACGCACAGGAAGAUCCCCAGACUCAGAAAGAGGAAGAAACAAGCACAAUACCUCCACAGCAACCCACUGACCCAGCAUCACCCAGUAUUGCUACAACUCCAGAACCCCCAGUCAUUUCAAAUGAAGUCGCUGAGAAGAAUAAUCCCAAAGUGACCAACGAUGAAGCCGAAUAUGAGGAUGGCCGUGGAUUUGGUAUUGGAGAGCUUGUCUGGGGGAAAUUGCGUGGAUUCUCCUGGUGGCCUGGCCGCAUUGUGUCUUGGUGGAUGACUGGUCGAAGCCGGGCAGCUGAAGGAACACGAUGGGUGAUGUGGUUUGGUGAUGGCAAAUUUUCCGUUGUCUGUGUAGAAAAACUGAUGCCUUUGAGUACUUUUUCGACUGCCUUUCACCAGCCAACCUACAGCAAACAACCUAUGUAUAGGAAAGCAAUAUUUGAAGUCCUACAGGUGGCGAGCAGCAGAGCAGGAAACCACUUCUCAGUACAAGCUGAGAAUGACGAGUUGGACACUGGAAAAGCUGUGGAAACUCAAACCAAGCAGAUGAUCGAUUGGGCACUGGAAGGAUUUCUGCCCUCGGGGCCAAAGGGUUUGGAACCACCAGAGGAGGAACGAAAUCCUUAUAAAGAGGUUUAUACAGAGAGUUGGGUGGAGCCUGAAGCUGCUGCUUAUCCUUCGCCUCCCCCAACCAAAAAAGCAAGAAGAAACAUAGAGAAGCUAAAAGUCAAAGAAAUCAUUGACGAACGAACCCGAGAGCGGCUUGUUUAUGAUAUAAGACAAAAUGGCAGAAACAUUGAAGAUUUUUGCCUCGCUUGUGGAAGUCAAAAUGUCUUGCUUGAACACCCGCUCUUCAUUGGAGGCAUGUGCCAAAGUUGUAAGGGCUUGCGGCAAGUUAAAACCGGGAACUGCUUCUUGGAGUGUGCAUACCAAUAUGAUGAUGACGGUUACCAGUCCUACUGUACCAUCUGCUGCGGGGGCAGGGAGGUACUGAUGUGCGGAAACAAUAACUGCUGCAGGUGCUUCUGUGUAGAAUGUGUGGACUUGCUGGUUGGACCAGGUGCUGCUCAGGCGGCUAUUAAAGAGGACCCCUGGAACUGCUACAUGUGCAACCACAAAGGAAUCUUCGGACUGCUGAGGCGAAGGGAUGAUUGGCCAUCGAGGCUCCAGCUGUUUUUUGCAAAUAACCAUGACCAGGAAUUUGAUCCACCAAAGGUUUAUCAACCCAUUGCUGCUGAGAAGAGAAAACCCAUUAAAGUACUGUCACUUUUUGAUGGCAUUGCCACAGGGCUGCUAGUUCUAAAGGAUCUUGGGAUCCAUGUUGAACGCUACAUUGCCUCCGAGGUCUGUGAGGAUUCCAUCACAGUGGGUAUGGUCCGACACCAGGGGAAGAUCAUGUAUGUGGGAGAUGUUCGAAAUGUUACUCGCAAACAUAUAAAGGACUGGGGCCCAUUUGAUCUAGUGAUUGGAGGAAGUCCAUGCAAUGACCUUUCGAUAGUGAAUCCUGCCAGGAAGGGGCUGUUUGAGGGCACAGGACGUCUGUUUUUUGAGUUCUACCGUCUUCUCCAUGAAACAAGACCAAAAGAAGGAGACAACAGGCCAUUCUUCUGGCUGUUUGAAAAUGUGGUGGCAAUGGGUGUCAGUGACAAGAGGGACAUCUCACGUUUUCUAGAGUGUAAUCCUGUGAUGAUUGAUGCCAAGGAAGUGUCUGCUGCCCAUCGAGCCCGUUACUUCUGGGGUAACCUUCCUGGUAUGAACAGACCACUGGUUGCCACGUGUAAUGAUAAACUUGAACUUCAGACCUGUCUGGAGCACGGCAGGACAGCUAAGUUCAACAAAGUGCGAACCAUCACCACUAGAUCUAAUUCUGUCAAGCAAGGCAAAGACCAGCAUUUCCCAGUCCUAAUGAAUGAGAAGGAAGACAUUCUCUGGUGCACUGAAAUGGAAAGGGUAUUUGGUUUCCCUGUUCAUUAUACAGAUGUCUCCAAUAUGAGCCGCCUUGCCCGACAAAGACUUCUGGGGAGAUCCUGGAGUGUUCCUGUCAUACGUCACCUGUUUGCGCCACUGAAAGAGUAUUUUGCCUGUGUUUAAAAACAAAGACGAAGGAACUUAUUAAAGAACAAGGAAAGAACUUAAUUUACUCAAGAAAAAAAGUCCAUUCAGUUAGACUUACCUAAUUU